ACAAAUGCCUGAUGGGAAUUUGAUUCAGUCGGCACAAAGGGAUUCGUCUUUAAUAUUCCUUUAUUGAUCCAUCAUUUAACUAGGAAAAAAUGGAUCUUGGGGCUAAAGAACCUGCUGUUUUUAUCUUUCUCUUGGUUAUUUUCACGUUCAGCGAGUUUAGUCAAGCGCAAAAUCUUUGUUCAGUGCCAUUGCCGGUCAUUUUCUUUAAGGAAAACAACACUAUUGAUGAAGUGGUCACAACAAUCAAUGCUUUCGAAGGAGUGACGGCCGUAAUCACCAGUCAAAACCCACCAGAUCUCUUUGACAUCAACGAUGAAUACGAGCUCAUAGCUAAAACCGUGAUGGACUAUGAGACAUUUGACAAGAACAAACCGUAUGAGGUCAAUAUUGAGUGUACAAAACCUUCUUUUACCCCUACCUCACUGUUACUGAGAAUCAUUCUUGAAGAUAUAAAUGAUAACCCGCCAUCGUUUAAAGAGAGUCGGUACACAUUGGAGGUCAAAGAGCUUACCAAAGUGGAUACCAGCGUUGGCCUGAUCACAGCAACCGAUCCUGAUGAAAGUGACAGACUUUACUAUCGUCUGGAAUCUCCCGAGGGAGAGUUUGACGUGGAGACCAGUUUCAAUCCCAACAUUCUGGUCAAAAAACUUCUGGAUUAUGACAAAGUUAAACAAAUCACAAUGACUCUUUAUGCACAGGACACACCGAUUGGAUCUUCAAUCAAAGUUUCCCACACUGCCACAGCCACCGUUGUCGUCGACAUCACAGACAUUGACAAUCGUCCGCCAUGGUUCCAGCCCUGUACAGAUUUCACCUUUGAAACAAGCACAGUCUGCUUAAAUUCUGGAUAUAAUGGAGUUGUCACUUUAAAAGAGCAAGAAACAGACCCUUUAAAAUUGGCGCCCGGUCCAGUUUACGCUAUUGACGGUGACACAGGCAUUAAGGAGCCCAUUGGUUACACAUUUAUGGGAGGAAAUGAAGACGGGAUAUUUAAUAUCAACACUGACACUGGGAAUAUCACAAUGCUGAAACCAGUCGACGUGGUCGGACCAUUUGUUCUUACAGUUAUGGCAUUUCAGAAGCUGAACCCUGAUCAGUUUGCCACCACUACAGUCAUCCUAAAAGUGGCGCUGACGGCCAGCGAAUUCCCUCCGAAAUUCACCAAGGACGCUUAUGAAGGCUUCAUUUCAGAAGAUGCAGGUGUGGACAGCCUGGUUCUGGAGAGCAAAACGUCCAACAGAGCCCUCCGAGUGCAGGCCACAGAUGAAGACUUUUCUAAUGGGUAUAAUCCAAAUCUCAGAUUUGAGAUUGUUGAUGGUACUGACUUCUACAUUACUCCAGAGGGGUUCAUUCUCAUGGCGAAGGCGGUUUCGCCCGGCACUGUCAAUUUAGAAAUGAGGGUGGUUGACACAGAGAAUGACGAAUCAAGCACCGCUCCACUUAUGGUUGAAAUAACGCCAGGGGUUCCCACUACCACUCCAGUUACAACUAUCACGACGACAGAUAACACAGAUAGCACACAGCUCACAGACAUCACCGACACCUCGCACCCAAGUACCCACACAACCACGCAUCCUGGUACUUACACAACUGAGCAUCCUAACACAGGUGGACAGCUGGGUAAAGCAGGUGACUUUAGUUCAGGUGAUAUGGCUGCCGUUGGAGCCACUUUGGCGGUGUUUGUGGUCCUCUGCUUGGUUUGCAUUGGAUUGCUGGCACACCGUAUUAAGGGACAUAACGCAGCCUGGAAGAAGCUUUCGGAGGCCAGCAUUUUCCGUAGCACGCUCGGUGGAGGCUCUGGAGGCCCAAAGGAAGGCAUGCAGUACGUCAAUGAGAGCUUUCAGAACGACGGCGAUACUCCAGAUAACUCCAGAUUAGCCGCAGACCUGGAGAAUAAAUUGGAGCCGGAGCAAAGUGGCUCAUCGCAGGAGAAAAUAACCCGCAGUGCUUUCCUCCAGACCAACAGCAAACCUUCCGCCGACUCCAGCAGCCUGGCGGAUUCAGAAAACACAGAUGGAGAGAAGGAGGUCAAACCGAUAUUGACCAAAGAGCGGCGCACCGACGAGGGCUACAAAUCUGUGUGGUUCAGGGAAGACAUCGACCCUGACACCAAAGAGGAAGUGGUCAUCAUUCCUGACACCGGAGAAGCGGAUGGAGACCAUGAGGACGAUGAAGAGGACGACAGCGAGGAGGAUGAUGAGGACGACCUGAGGACUGACAUGGAUUUGGAGGAUGAUGAUAGACUGACGUCAAUGUAGAGCUGACGGUUGUGCUUUUUGGUUUUCUUGUGUGUAAAUAUGAGGUAAAUCUUCAGUUUUAGUAGCUGUGAAAUCAAAACUGACCAUAUGUACUGUAUAUAUUAUGGCAGUGUUUCCUAACCAUGUUCCUGGAGGCAAACCAACAAUACAUAUUUUGCAUGUCUCCCUUAUCUGACCCAGUCAUUUCAGGUUUUGGAGUCUCUUCUGAUGUUCUGAUGAGUUGAUUCAGGUGUGUUUGAUUGGAAAGAGGUUGAAAAUGUGAACUGUUGGUGGUGUGCCUUCGGGAACGGUGUUGGGAAAAAUCACGGUCACACUGCACUUUUCGCCCCAUAGACUUCAAUUCAUAUGCAUGCGAAUGAGACAGACCGGAAACGCAAGCUCGUGCGACAAGUUUCGGAAGUCGCUGCAUUGCAAAGUUCAAGCUUGGUGAACUUUGACCUACAAAAAUGCAUCACGUGAUUUCGUGAGACCAAUCGAGGAUCAAAACAUGACCUCUGUACCUCAAAAAUUUAAAAUAUGAAGCAGUCGCUCGCUUUUUUAAUGUCUAAUCAUCUUGUUUAAUCCCGCCCCUUUUCAAACU